UAUUGAAUGGCAGGUGCAGCGCAGAUAUAUCUUAUAAGUACAUCGCUUUGUGUUUGGAUUUUCAUUCCUUUUUUCCUAGCUGCUACGUACUUUAACGUAUGCAUCUUUUAUUACCGCAGGUAGCAGUAGUUGCCUAAACUAGUUUAUCUUAGCCAUCAACAUUCAAUGGGGUAAACGACAUUCAAAAAUCCAAUUACGUGUUCAUUGAUAUGAAAAUAUUCUUAAUUUUAGUUCUUAUUUAACACGCAGAGAGAUAAGUACACUCGGUGACUUUUGGUUGAAAAUGAAAGAGUUUAUAAUAGUUACAUUUUUCUACUUGUGCUGGAGUGUUUCAUUUGGAUUAAGCAAUGCAGCCAUUGAUGAAGAUCGUCAAUAUUUUCAACAAUUCAAGUUGGUUUAUAACAAACAUUAUGAAACUAAUACGGAAGAGCGAAAGAGGGAGCGUUUAUUUUUAAAGAAUUUCGCUUUCAUCGAAGAACACAAUCUGAACUAUACAAAAGGACUAACGAACUAUGAAUUGGGAGUCAAUGAAUACGCAGAUUUGAGUGACGAGGAGUUUACAAACAUCAUGAUUGCCAGCGACGAUAGCAUUGAUACGCAAAGUGUUUUUGAGCAAGGCGCCACCUUUAUACCGCCAGCCAAUGUCGAAUUGCCCGAUGCAGUGGAUUGGCGUGAAUUAGGUGCAGUAACGGAAGUUAAAAAACAAGAUCUUUGCGGGGCUGCUUGGGCUUUUACCACUACUGGCGCAUUGGAGGGACAAUAUUUUCGCAAAACCUCUAAACUUAUUUCACUUUCAGAGCAAAAUCUAAUAGACUGCACCAUUCCCUACGGUAAUAAGGGCUGUCGAGGUGGCACCAAAGAACGCAGCUUUUUGUAUGUGCGCGACAAUGGAGGUAUUAACUCAGCCGCCGUGUAUCCAUAUCGUGCGCAAUUAGGACCUGAGUGUUUGUUCGAUGUGUCUGCGAUUGUGACGAAGAGCAAAGGAUUUGUUAAACUAAUGCCAAACGAUGAAAAUGCUCUAAAGGCUGCUGCAGCCACGGUGGGCCCAAUUGCAGUUAAGGUUAAUGCGAAAUGUUUUCGUAAGAAAUUCUAUAGGCAAGGUAUUUUCGAUGAUGAGGCAUGUAAAGAGCACAAAUCGAAUCACGCGAUGCUUCUUGUGGGCUAUGGACGAGACAAUGUUACGAAUAAAGACUAUUGGAUAUUGAAAAAUUCAUGGGGUCACAGUUGGGGUAUGGAUGGUUAUAUGAAAAUACCGCGGCAUGUCAAUUAUGGAGGUAUCGCAAUGCGUGCGAGUUACCCGUUGAUUUUCCGUAUUUGCAAUGCUACAUAUAGCAAAUGUGUUCAACAAUGACUGCAUCGAUGUGUGGGCGGAAAUUUAAAAUUGCUUUAGUGCUUGCGAUAUAAGUCGAAAUUUUCUACAAUAAAACAGUAUUAUUUUAUAUAAUACGAAUGUAAUUGAACGGUAACAAAUGACCAGUUUGGAAGUAUCUACAACUGAAAUAUGGCAAUAGCAGAAUAAAAACGCACUGAUUUAGCUAAUUGCGGACAAAUUAGUAUACAUAUAUAGAAAACUAAUAUAUCGUUGAAUCACAAAAUGCCCCUCAGUGAUCUUUUGCAUCGAAUUGUGCCA